AUGCAGGUUUUGUACAUCUGCAGGAAGAAGUUCCAUGCCCUAAACGUUCAAAAAGUGACGGGCCUCCUACUGGGAGACAACGGAUAUACGUGCAGUCAGCAUCUCUUGACACCAGUCCUCGGUGCACGGCCGGAUAGUCCAGAAGAAGAGUACAACACACGACCCAAAUCUACAAGAAAUGCCAUUGAAAGAGUGAUCGGGCAACUGAAAAACAAGUUCAGGUGCCUUAUCCGAAAACUUGAAAUCUCCUUAGACACAACAAAGGCUGUGAUAGUAGCGGCAUGUGUGCUCUUCAACAUUGCCAAGGACCACAACGAUGAGGAUGAUUUUAGUUCAGACUCUGACACGGACUACGAAUCAAGCGGUUCAAGCGACUCCAGUUCCGAAAGUGAUGAAACUCCCGCGGAUCCUCCAAGUGGAACUGCGUUCAGGUCGCAGUUCAUACAAAUCAAUUUUUCUUCAGGAAUGGUUGCUGCUGGACCUCCCUCUUGAAUUGUUGCUGUAAAAUCUUCAUUUGAAGAUUGUGUUGCUGCUGGU